UGAAAUACAUGAUUUCUGUUAGGUGGCAGAUUUUUUUUUUUCACUCUGUAACUCGAUUUUCUUCAUAGUAGAGAUAUCUUCCUUGGUUGAAAGAACAAAAGAAUCAAGAGAAAAUGGAGCAGGAACCAGUUAAUGUGAGUGAGUUUCAAAAAUUGGCUAAGCAAAUUCUUCCAAAGAUGUACUAUGACUUCAUUACUGGUGGAGCAGAUGACGAGUACACACUGCGGGAGAACAUUGAAGCAUUUCGUAGAAUUACAUUUCGGCCAAGGGUUCUUGUUGAUGUGAGCAGAAUAAACCUCUCAACUACAAUACUCGGUCAUAAAAUAUCAGUGCCAAUCAUGCUUGCUCCCACGGCAAGGCAUAAAAUAGCUCACCCUGAAGGAGAGGUUGCAACAGCAAGAGCUGCAGCAGCAUGUAACACUAUUAUGGUAUUAUCCUUCACAUCGAAUUGCACAUUGGAGGAGGUCGCUUCAAGCUGUGAUGCUGUUCGGUUCUUUCAAUUAUAUGUAUUAAAAAGACGGGACGUUUCAGCUCAUCUUGUGCAGAGAGCUGAAAGUAAUGGGUACAAGGCUAUUGUUCUAACAGCUGACAGACCACGGCUUGGUCAAAGGGAGGCAGAUAUAAAAAAUAGACUGCUUUUACCCAAGGUGAAGAUUUAUGAAGGACUGAUAUCAACCAAAUCUCAUUCUGGAAAAGGUUCUGAUCUUGAAUCUAUAGCUUCUGGAAUUAUGGAUGCUUCUUUUACUUGGAAGGUAUUAACUAUCAUCCAAUGUAUCGUUUGA